AUGAGCUUAGGCUUUAACAAGCAUUCUAAUCGGAAAUUGUUACGAUCAAAGGCAGACCAGCCUUUGGGAACAUGGAUAUGGAGGGACAUACAUAGUCUUAGUAGCUAUUGUACAAAUCCGACAGCUAUAAGAGAAGAGAAGUAUUGUGCACCGUCUUUAAAAUCGAUGAUGGAUUUUUCCAUAUCAAAGCUUGGAAAAAAUAUUAAGGUGAUUUUGAGUUACUUUGCGCAAAAUCAAGACCAAUAUGUGAGAGAAGAAGUAAACAAAAUUGGAGACAAUACAGUGAUGUGGCAUAGGUUAAAUUUGGAAAAAGUUGUAUUUUGUUGUCACCAAGUCAAUGCGACAACGGCUUAUAUGGUUCCAUUGGUGGCCUCGGAUGGAACUAAAGCGAAGGCAUUUACAAUCUUUCACAAUGACACAAGAGGUAUGGAUCCUAAGGUGCUUUAUGAAGUUUUAAAUGUUAAGCCCGGGACGAUUCCGAUUUGUCAUUUUGUUAGCAAUAAGGCUAUUGCUUGGGUGCCUAAUCAUGAUGGAAGCAUGAUAAUAACCAUCCCUAUGUUCAACAAGUGA